CGUCACCCAAACGGACAUUGAGCUGCGCGUGCGCAAUGUGCAAUGUAAAGGUGCUUGGGCACUUCCGGCUCGCCUCAUUCGCGAAACAGAACAGUGGCUAGGUUCGUAAUGGCUUGAAAGAGCCAAACAUUAUAUAAAACAAGAGUAAGUUCUCUAUUAGAAGAAUCAACUUGAAAGAGUGAAGAGAAACGAUGGCGUGUGCAAUGAUACCUCUUGAUGAGCAACAGGUGACAGAGGCUGCUGGGCCUCUGGGAAAGGAGCGCACCCUGCCAGCCCUGCAUCCAGACAGGAAGGAGGAGCGGUGUUUUGUGACUUAUAAGCCCCCUCCCGAGGACAGCUCCCCUGCUCAGGUGGAGGAGUACCUGGAGCAUGGCAAGUUCAUCACUGAGGACCUGGACUGGCUGCUGGCCCUGCGACAUGACAAGUUCUGGUGCCAGGUGGUAUUUGAUGAGUCAUUGCAGAAGUGUUUGGAUUCCUACCUACGCCACUCCCCUCGGGGGUUAGACCCCUCCUCCUUGCCCUCCUCCCCGGCCGUUGCUGACAUGCAGCGCUGCAUCCACCGAGCCGUCUUUAUGACCUUCCUCAGAAUGGCCACGCACAAGGAGUCCAAGGAGAGCUUUAUAACUCCGACUGUGUUCGGAGAGAUCAUUUACAACAACUUCCUGUUCGACAUUCCCAAGAUCCUGGACCUGUGUGUUCUGUUUGGGAAAGGAAACGCCCAGCUGCUCCAUAAGAUGAUAGAAAACAUCUUCACCCAGCAGCCGUGUUACUAUGGAGACCUGGAUGAGGCUGUUCUCUCAGUCCUACAGGUGUUAGACACUAUCCUUGCUAAGUGUGGUCUCCAGUGUGAAGGAGCCACUGCCAUCGAGCCUCUGAAGCUCAGCUCAUCCGGCCGACCCACCGCCAUGACCAUGAGUCAACAGGACCUAGUGGAUUUGGUGCUGUAUCUGUGUGACACCUGUACCACCAUCCAGGCCUUCCUGGACAUCUUCCCUGCUGCCUGCUCCACCUUUCACUGUCACAGCUUCCUCAACAGACUAGCCUCAUUCUACGAGGUGGCUGUGCCUGACAUAGAGAAGGCUGUGAGGAAAAGAAACUUUGACGACGACAGUCUCCAGGAGGACCUGUGGAGGAGGGUGUGUCACGCCCGGAGGAGGAUGGUGGAGAUGGCACACCUGCUGCUACUACACACCUGCCUACAGCCCAUACUAGAGGGCUCGGAGAACAUUCAGACAUUUGUGGAGGAACUCCUGCAGCAUUUCACUACUUUCCUACCAGAGAAGAGGUUCCUAUUAGACUACGAUGAGCAGUUCCCCAUAGCUGAUGAUAUCAGUCUUCUUCAGCAGGCCUUUCCUCUCCUAGAUGAGACUAGGACAUCAUAUCUGCUCCAGGGGGUGGAGGAUGCCUGGGACAGCAUCGGCCGGAGGAGAACCCAGGACAGACCCCAGCAGACACACUCCUCUGCCGGGCUGACUGGCCAGGGAGUAGAGGUUGGGGCAGGGGCCUGGGGGGGAGAGAUGGGGAUCAGAGAGCCAGGGGAAGGAGGGGAGACCCCCAGAGGAGCAGAGGCCAUGCGGGAUACACCCCAUAAAGGAGACAACGGUGCUGCGUGUAUGAUCAGUGCGGGGGAGCUGGAGUCUCUGUUAACCCACAUCAGAGACCUGCUACCAGACCUGGGAGAGGGAUUUCUACUGGCCUGUCUCCACCAGUACAACUAUAGCUCUGAAUUGGUCAUUAACUACAUCCUAGAGGACAGACUACACCCUGACCUGGACAAACUGGAUAGAGCCAUGCCCAGGCCGGUAAAGGAGGAGCUUCCUCCUGUACUCAGCACCAGGUCCAACGUGUUUGACGAUGAUGAGUUUGAUGUCUUCAACAGAGACCAGGUGGACAUGACUCGCGUCUGGAAGGGCCGGAGGAAAGGAGAAAGUGUGCGGGACCUGCUUAAUGACAAGCAGCACAUAGCAGAGCAGAAGGAACGCUACCUGACCUAUGAGACUGUGGUGGAUGAGGUCAUCGUGAUUCCCAGUGAAUCAGGAGCCAUCGACAAUCUGAACGAUUAUGAUGAUGAGUAUGAUGACACAUAUGACAUCAACCAAGUAGGAGCCAAUGAUCUGGACGGAGACUCCAACCUGCUCAACCGCAGGCCGUUCACCAUCCCUCAGGUCCUACGGCAGGGAGGCAGACCACAGAUGCAGGAGGAGAACAUAGAGGAGGAAGAGGACGAGAAGGAAGACGCUGUGAAGAGAGACCAGUUUGUUCAGGACCCAGCUCUGCUGAGAGAGAGGGCAGAGGCCAGGAGAGCUACCAUGCAACACAGGAAGGGGUACCGUCCGGAGCCUGCCAGAGAGAGAGACGUGGUGGGUAAACCUAAAGGCCAGGGCCAGUCAACAGAGACCCUUCUGGACCGACGCAAGAAGGAGGCCCACAAGAGCAGGGGAGCCAACCACAACCGCAGGGCUAUGUCCGACCGCAAGAGGAACAAGGGAAUGAUCCCCUCCUGAUAGGUGUUGCCAUGGAGACCAACCAACUGACCUAGCGGACGGUGCGUACAAGACAGGACGACGUGGAAAGGAAGGAGAGAGAAAGAUAAUCUGGGCUCAAAGGUCAUGAGCCCUGAUUGAUGUCCCCAUCCCAGAGUCCUCUUCAUCAGUCAGAUUCUUUCUACCGGGAUUCACCGACCAGGCCAUUUUUAUAGGCCUUUUUCUGUUCUCUUUUAGCAAAGACAUUCUAGUUUUCCAUUUUCUAUCGCAAAGGGACACCAAUGAUUAGUUUCAUAACAGAACUUUGGUUGCCAAGUGGCCUGUUGGUGGAAUGUUUAGAGACACAUUUGAAUGGUUUAAUUUUCAGUUGUUUAGUCCAAUAUUGUAGAUUGAUUCAGUUAAACCAAAGUGCUGACUGAAUGACAAGAGAUUUAUUUUUGCCAUGUAACAAAUCCAUUUAUUAAGAUUUGGAGUGAUGGAAUCAUUAGCUUUUACAUGGUCAUCAAAUGAACAAGGAACAUAUGAGUAAAAUGAGAGCGAGGAGACUCCAAUAGGACGAGAGAACCAGCGCGACCGGCCUGACUGUCAGACUGAAACCACUGUCUGCUGGAUCUAGAAGAACAAUGAAUGUCAGUUAAAUACAGGACUAGACAUCAAAAUGACAGGCAGGCCAGGACCAGGGGUGGCAGCGUGUGUGUGCAAUGUCUGAACGAAGUGAGAGUGUCUGUGGUAGUUAAUAUCUCCUCACCCAGCCAAUCCCCCCACCCACCAUGGUUCAGCCUCAACCCAAAAAGUGAGCUGCUAUAACAACAGUCGUGUGUGUGUUUGGAAGUGCAGCAUAAGAGGCCAAAUGUCCCUCAGACAGACAUCGAACAGCUUCUAGAGGCUUCUGACUCGACAUGCACAACUACUUUAUAACAAGAGAAUCCUAUAGAAAGAUCUAUAAGAGCAUUUUUGUACAAAAAAAAAAAUACAAUUUGCUUUUUGAAGUUCUCUUUAAAAACAAACAAAAUAAUAAAUACAUUUAAUACUGUG